CCGAGAGGCCGACCCACAUGGCCCUCUGCUUCGACCGCAGCCUGAACUCCAGCUUCAGGAACAAGCUCUACGCCGGCUACAAGGCGAACCGCCCGGAGCCCGACGCCGCGUUCAUGGACCAGGUGCGGCGCUGCCGGAAGUUCGCGGAGGCCCUCGGCGUGCCGUGCUUCGACGACGGGCGCUACGAGGCGGACGACCUGAUAGCUACCCUCGGCACCGCGGUGCUGAGGGGCGGCCACCGGUGCGUCGUCGUCACGAGCGACAAGGACCUCUGCCAGCUGGUGGAGCCGCGGCUCUCGGUGCACGACUUCGCCCGGGGCGUGCGCUACGACGAGGCCGGGGUGCGGCGGAAGCUCGGCGUGCGGCCCUGCCAGGUCGCCGACCUGCUCGGCCUGAUGGGGGACCCGGUGGACUGCAUCCCGGGGGUCCGGGGGGUGGGCGCCAAGACCGCCGCCGCGCUGCUUCGCCGCUUCCGGGACAUCGACGCAGUGUACGCGGGCCUGGACAAGGUGCCCACGCUGAAGCUGCGCGGGGCGGCGGGCGUCCAGCAGGCGCUGGCGUCGGGCCGCGAGGCCGCCUUCCUGAGCCGGACGCUGGCGACGCUGGAGCGCCAGGUGCCCAUGCGCGUCGACGGCCUCGGGGGCGUGGCGCGCGGGAGGCCGUCCCGCCGCAUCCACCGGCUGCUGGACGACUUCGGCCUGCGCCGCCUGCACGACCGCGUCGACGCGCUGCCGUGA